AUGGCCAAAGACACAAUGAAAGCCGUCAUCUUCAAGGAACCCCACGUCGUAGCCAUAGAAGAUCGACCUAUUCCUAAGAUCAAAGAACCGACAGAUGUUAUUGGCCAUCAAACCAGCCCAACGGGCUUUAUCAUGGGCCAUGAGUUCACUGGUACUGUUGAGGAGACCGGAUCCGACGUGAAGAAUUUUAAGAAGGGCGAUCAGAUAGUCUCGCCUUUCACCGUCUCCUGCGGGGAAUGCUUUUAUUGCAAGCAAGGACACUCUUCAAGAUGUGCCAAGGGUGCCCUCUUCGGUACAGCCGGUCUUGAUGGAGCUCAAGCCGAAUAUGUGAGAGUGCCGCUAGCGGACAGUACUGCUAUGAAGGCUCCAGAAGGCAUUGCAGAUAAUGCGUUGGUUCUAAUGGCAGACAUAUUUCCUACUGGAUUCUUUGCAGCCCACAAUGCCUUCAAAGACUUGACGAAGGAGCAAAUUUCUGAGGCAACUGUAGUGCUGGUUGGCUGCGGACCUGUCGGCCUCUGUGCUCUCAUCAACGCCGAGAAUUACAAGCCAAAGCAUCUGCUUGCAGUGGACUCGAUACAGUCGAGAUUGGAUUUGGCCGAGUCUUUGGGUGCGGAGCCGUGGAAUUUCCAGACUGAUCGAGAAGGACUCGACAAACGAGUAAAGGACUUGACAGACGGUCGAGGUGCCGAUGUAGUCAUGGAGGUCGUUGGCAUGAGUCAUGCUUUGAUGAUGGGAUUUGAGUUGCUAAGACCCUGGGGCAUUAUUUCCAGCGUUGGCGUGCAUAAUGCGGAGAUCCCCUGGUCUGGCAACCAAGCAUAUGGCAAGAAUCUGCGUAUUCAAAUGGGCCGAUGCCCCGUGCGAUCGAUAUUCCCUCAAGCUCUGGAUAUGCUAAAGCAGAAGCAACAUCUUUUGGGGUUUAUGUCUGACAAGAUCAUGCCCAUGUCCGAGGCUGUAGAAGGUUACGAUCUUUUUGACAAGAUGAAAGUACAGAAAGACCUAGUGGUUUUCGAAGCACAGAAGUGA